AUGGAUCCGCGGUCGUGGUUUGGCGACCUCACGGGCUACUUUGUGUACAUCCUGUUUGUCGCGACGCUGGGCCCGCUGCUCUUUGGCUUCCAUCUGUCUGAGCUCAACGCGCCCGAGGACGUUAUCCGCUGCAAGCGAAAGUCCAUCACGUCCGCCGGCCUCGCCGCGCCCUCGCUGCCGCAAUGCAUCGCCAUGACGCCGACCCAGUGGGGAGUCGUGGGCUCCAUGUACACCUUGGGCGGCCUGGUUGGCGCCCUCUCCGCAGCACCGCUGGCCGGCAAGUUCGGCCGCCUCAGGGCCAUGCAGCUGACGACGCUGUUCUUCGCCGUCGGCCCCGUCUUCGAGGCCCUGGCGCCCUCCAUCGCCGUCAUGGCCUUUGGGAGACUCGUGUCCGGCGUGGGCGCCGGUGCCGCCGUCGUCAUCGUGCCGCUGUACAUCUCAGAGAUCGCCCCGCCUGCACACAAGGGCUUCUUCGGCGCCUUCACCCAGAUCAUGUGCAACGUCGGCAUCCUGGUCACCCAGCUGCUGGGCUACUUCCUCAGCCACGACUCGUACUGGCGCCUCAUCCUGGCCGUGGGCGGCGUGGUCGGCCUGGCCCAAGGCCUGGGCUUGCUGUUCUCCGUCGAGAGCCCCAAGUACCUGGCUGAGAAGGGCAACCUCACCCAGGCGAGGCGGACGCUGCGCCACAUCAGGGGCGAAGGGGCCGACAUUGACGGCGAGAUGAGCGAGUGGGGAGCGGAAGGCUCCGAUGCAAGCGAAGAGGAGCAGACGCUGUUGCGCAACGAAGGCGGCGCCUCGCAGCCCGCAGCCAAGUCGCCCGACCACGAGGGCUCACUGAGCAUCGUGCAGGUCUUCCGCCACCCUGACUACAACAAGGCCGCCAUUGCGGUCAUCAUGGUCAUGCUGGCGCAGCAGUUCAGCGGCAUCAAUAGCAUCGUCAUGUACGGCGUGUCACUGCUGGCAGGGCUGCUCGAGUCCAACUCGGCGCUGCUCAACCUCGCCGUGUCUGCCGUCAACAUCGUGAUGACGGCUGCAGGCGCAUUCCUCCCAGACAGGUUCGGGCGCAAGCCGUGUCUGCUUGGCUCCAUCGCCGGCAUGGGCACCAGUGCACUGCUCCUGGCGAUUGGCAUCAUGCAGGCGGUGCCCGUACUGUCAGCCGUGGCCGUGCUGUUCUUCGUGGCCAGCUUUGCGCUAGGGCUCGGCCCGGUCCCCUUCAUCCUGGCCAGCGAGCUAGUCGGGCCCGAGGCGGUCGAUGCCACGCAGAGCAUUGCACUCGGCGCAAACUGGAUUGCGACGUUUGUUGUGGCGCAGUUCUUCCCACUGCUGAGCGCGCAGCUGGGCGGCAAGGUGUACCUCAUUUUUGCAGCGCUCUCGGCGUUUUUCUUUGUGUUCCUGUCGUGGUACGUGCCCGAGACCAAGGGCAAGAAGAACGCGGACGAGGUCUGGGGCCGCGAACGCAGGAGCCCGAGCCGGCAGGGCUUCGACUUCGACAGCCCCGAGCGCGCCCUGGGCGACGAUGCCACACACGCGCCCGCGCCCGCGCCCCGGGCCGCACACCACCGCGGGUCCGACCCGCCGCGCUCGCUCAUCUCGCCUGCCUUCACGCCGCCCGCGACGCCCGGCUUCGCAACACCGUCGCAGCCGCGCCGCCCGCCGCGCUCCGUGCCCGUCGACACGUCGCGGGCGACCGACUCGCCGCGCCCCGAGCUGCUCGAGCAGCUGCCCGUCGUCGAGUGCGAGGUGCGCGCGCGCAUCCCCACCACCACCGGCCACGAGAUGUGGCUGCACGUGUACCGCAACAACGUCGACACCAAGGAGCACCUGGCCAUUGUGUUUGGCAACCAGAUCCGCUCGCGCUCGCUCGACGCCGAGCGCCCGGGCGAGACCGAGCUCGACCGCAUGACCCGCGGCGCAUACGUCGGCCGCCUGUACCCCGGCCGCACCACGUCGCGCGUCGACGCCAUCAGGCGCGCUGAAGGAGUGCCCUCGCGCCGCGCCCCCGACUCCGCCGCCGCCGACUCCCCGGACCCCGCGCUGGCCUCACCGUCCUCGGCCUCGUCCGACAACGGCGAUGGCGCCUCCGCCUCUGACCUGCCCCUCGUGCGCAUCCACUCCGAGUGCUACACCGGCGAGACCGUCUGGUCUGCGCGCUGCGACUGCGGCGAGCAGCUCGACGAGGGCGCUCGCCUCAUGGCCGACCCCACCCUCUCGCCCUCCGGCGGCGCCAUCAUCUACCUGCGCCAAGAAGGGCGCGGCAUCGGCCUGGGCGAGAAGCUGAAGGCCUACAACCUGCAAGACCUGGGCAACGACACGUACGAAGCAAACGUCAUGCUCAGGCACCCCGCCGAUGCGAGGAGCUACGGGCUGGCCACCGCCAUGCUCAUGGACCUGGACCUGGGCGGAGAGAGGGGCAUCAGGCUGCUGACGAACAAUCCCGACAAAGUGCGCGCCGUCGAGGGGCCCAACAGAGAAGUUGUCGUCCGGGAGCGCGUCGCUAUGGUGCCGUUAGCCUGGAAGACAGGCGGCAAGCAGGGCAUCAACAGCGAGGAGGUCGAGAAGUAUUUGAGCACCAAGAUUGAAAAGUUCAAGCACAUGCUCGACCAAAAAUGA